AUGAUUGAUCACCUUUUAGGGAGGCCCUCUCCUUCUUGGAAACGUUUUCAAGUAUUUAUAGUCUCCUUUACCUGGUUUUGGUAUAUCUACAAAGUUGAUAGAAGAGGACCUAAAUUUUGUCAAAAAUGGAAUGAUAAACUUUCCCGAUUCACCCCUUUUCAAUUAGUUGCUGGUACUUUAGCGUUCUUAUAUAUGCUAAAAAAUGCUGACCGCAUGAUAGGACUUGGUGCACCGGAACCACUCUCUCGACUUUACAGUCGUAAUUUUUAUCGUGCAACAUGGAUUCUAACAGCACUUGAUGCCGGAUUUUGGACUGCAAUGCCGAUUCGUCCUAAAUUUCUUAGAGAUAUAAUGUCAAUUGUUUUUUCUAUAUAUUAUUUGAUCUUUGCUGAUCAAGCAGAUGAAAAAAUUCGAAGAAUACGCGCUACAAUUACUGUCGAACAAUUACGCGUUUCUUGGGAAAAGUCUUUGAACCCAAUUUUACGUGCCGCAAUUAGUUUCAGUCAUCCGCGUAUAUUUCAAAAGAAAAUUCAAAUUCCUCGCCCGAAAAAUAAUUCUCACGGCACUCGACCAGUUAUUGGUUAUAUUUAUUAUGCUGGUUCAGUAGAAUCUUUUGCAAAUCAGGAUAAACUUGUACUCCAUUUUCCAGGUGGUGGUUUUAUAGCGAUGUCUCCCCCUUGUCAUGAAGAAUAUCUAUGCCAUUGGGCAAAAAGAACUCAAGUACCUGUUCUGAGUAUAGACUACUCAAAAGCACCAGAGUUCCCAUAUCCUUAUGCUCUAGAGGAAUGUUUUGAUGUUUAUCAAAGUAUCAUGGAAAGCAACGGUGAAGUUAUAGGAAUGACUGGAUUGACAAAUAAAGACGGCAGCAAGAGAAAGCAAAUUAAGGUUGCAAUAGUUGGAGAUUCUGCUGGUGGGAAUUUUGUGACAUCUGUAAUGUUCAAAAUACUUGAAUCCCCAACAGCCCUUCCACAUCCUACCGCGUUAAUUCUUAUUUAUCCCUGCUUGAAUUUUGACAUUACAUGUUGGAUGACGCCAUCUCAACUUUCUGUCAUAAGGGCGGAUUCCGCCCAUACUAUUCCCGGAGUAUUAGAAUCUAAGGAUCAUUUACGUCAUAAAAGUCCUUUGUCAGUAGUCCCUGAUGUUAAAAAGAGAAGGUGGAGAAAACGCUUUUCUGGAUCAAGAGAUGAUGAAAGGACGAUCGAAGAAAGAGUCAAAUAUAUAGACGGUCAUGAUGUGACUGGAAAUCCCAGUGAAAAAAGAUCUCGUCCCGUAAUAGGAACACGAUUGACAAUGACUAGUCGUAUGAGCUUUUUUAAUGAUAGAAUCAUAACUCCUGAUAUGAUGCGUGCAAUGGUAAUUCUUUACCUUGGCCCUAAUAAUUAUCCUGAUUUUAAUUCAGAUUAUUUGCUUUCCCCUAUCGUUGGACCUGAUGAAUUGUUGGCACAAUUUCCAAAAGUUUAUCUUAUGUGUGGAGAGAAAGAUCCUUUUGUCGAUGAUACUGUUGUAUUUGCAGGACGUAUAAGAGAAGCUAAAAGGAGGAAAAAACAAAUGGCAAAUGGUGGUAAAUUUGGAGAAGGUUUAAGAAUGAGCAGCGUAGAGAAAUCGGAUGCUGAUGAUUGGGUAGAGGUGAAAAUCCUUCAAGGGAUGAGUCACGCGUUUUUACAAAUGAUGUCAAUAUUGCCAGAGAGUAAAGGCGCUGUAAGAGCUAUUGGAAGAUGGUUGAUUCAAAGUUUACAAGAAUUACCAGAUUCGAAUUACAAAAAUGACAAUAAUAUUUUAAAUAGAAGUGUACAAGAUCAAGACGAAGGUUUGAUAAUUUCGUCUCGACCUUCUACGAUUAAAGACAUAGCUAAAAUUCAUGAUUUUUCUCAUCAUCAACAGCAAAUUCAAUCUACAUCACCGAAAUCAAAUAUUAAUGUUUCACAUUCGUUUCCAGAUGUUACUUUAGCAAAUGAAAAUUCGCAUAAAUCAUCAUCAUAUCCAAUACAUGUUUCCGCUUCCGAAGUUUCACUAACUCCAGUACAAGAGCGUGAGCGCGUUUUAUGGGAAGAGCAGAAUAUUCUCAAGGAGCAUGAAAUUUUAAAGAGAAGACGAGAUGGUUUAUUAACUCAUCUGACAGAAGGAUGUAAUACGACAACAACAGAUCAAGAAAAUAUCGUUACAAGUUAG